AUGCUUUCAGUUGCAGGAAGAGGAGAUAUUGGCAUCUGUGGCUGGAUCCUGCUGAUCAUAUCCGCGUUGUUUGCUGCCAUCACCUUCCCGCUGUCCAUCUGGUUCUGUGUUAAGGUUAUUAAUCAAUAUGAACGCGCUGUUGUGUUUCGGUUGGGCCGUAUCAUCUCAGGAAAAGCCAAAGAGCCAGGGAUGAUAUUCAUUCUCCCCUGCACAGAUACUUUUAUUAAGGUGGAUCUCAGGACUAAAUCAUUUGUGAUCCCGCCACAAGAGAUCCUUACAAAAGAUUCUGUAACAAUCAAAGUGGAUGGAGUUGUGUACUACAAGAUUGUGAGACCAAUGAAAUCGGUGGGAAAUGUGAUAAACGUGUCUUCAGCAACUUCCCGGUUAGCUGAAACAACUCUGAGGAACAUCUUAGGAACACAAACUCUUUCCAGCACCAUGUCAAAUCGCGGGCAGAUUGCUCAUAGUAUUCAGUCACUACUGGAUAAUGUUACUCACCAAUGGGGAGUGAAGGUGGAAUGCAUGGAGAUGAGAGACGUGCGGCUUCCUGUACAGAUGCAGAGAGCUAUGGCUGCUGAGGCAGAAGCUGCACGAGAGGCCAGAGCUAAGAUCGUAGCGGCAGAGGGUGAGAUGAAUGCUUCUCGGGCUCUGAAAGAAGCGUCAAUGGUUAUAUGCGAAUCACCCGCAGCUCUACAGCUACGCUACCUGCAGACACUGAAUACAAUUGCAGCACAGAACAAUUCCACAAUUGUAUUCCCGUUCCCUAUUAGUCUACUACAAGGUGUCAUUAGAAAAUGAUCAACUCUGGAGCUCUUUAAGAAUUGAAUGUUAAAUGUUAUCAAAUUAAUAAACUUAUCAGGUGAU